AUGCUGCACAUCAUUGACAUGAAUUCAACUGCUUCCGAAAGGAAGGGGAACCCAGAAGAUGGCAGGCAGCAACAGGGGCUGGCUGAGGGCAGUGGGUGCCCGGCGGCGGGUGGCAGCUGCUCUGCCUGUCUCUCACAGCAGCUGGAGUUCAUCACCCCCUUCCAGCUGUACUUCAACCCCGACCUCAUCUUCAGGAAGUUCCAGAUAUGGAGGCUGAUCACCAACUUCCUCUUUUUUGGGCCCCUGGGAUUCAGUUUCUUUUUCAACAUGAUAUUUCUGUACAGGUACUGCCGCAUGCUAGAAGAAGGCUCCUUCCGUGGAAGGACGGCUGACUUUGUCUUCAUGUUCCUCUUUGGAGGGUUUCUCAUGACACUAUUUGGACUCUUUGCCAGCCUGUUUUUCCUGGGCCAGGCUUUCACCAUCAUGCUGGUGUACGUGUGGAGUCGCAGGAACCCUUAUAUCCGCAUGAACUUCUUUGGGCUUCUUAACUUCCAGGCCCCCUUCUUGCCCUGGGUCCUGAUGGGAUUCUCUCUGCUCCUGGGCAACUCCAUCAUCAUCGACUUACUGGGGAUUGCAGUGGGUCACAUCUAUUAUUUCUUGGAAGAUGUUUUCCCCAACCAGCCUGGAGGAAAGAAGUUGCUGUUAACCCCUGGCUUCCUGAAGAUGGUAUUUGACACACCUGAAGAGGAUCCCAACUAUAACCCUCUCCCUGAGGAUCAUCCAGAAAACCAACCUAGAGACCAAGACCAGAACCAGCAGCAGCAUCCACAGUAACACAGGGGACUUCUCCGUGUGGCCAGAUUCCUCUCUUCCAGCUGGACUUACGCUGUGGCCCAGAGAUCCUACUGGAAUAACACCAGUUGCCAUUCCGAUGUGUAAUGUUUCACUGUUUGUAUGGGUAACCCAUCUUCCCCUUGUACCAAGUGGUUCCACAGAGCUUUGCACGUAAGAACUGAUGAAUGCUUAUGGAGGUAUUCUAGGAACAGGGACUGGAAGCUGUGAUGGCCCCUCAGUUACCCAGUGGGGAAUAAGUAUCAAAUGGGGUGUUAAACCAGUUACUCCUUCUCUUGCUGUGUGCCAGGUCACUCUUGCCCUCUGUACAAAGACUAAUGCUCCUGGCUCUCACUGUUGCGAGACCUCUUUGUGGGCUUUCAAUGAAGUAGUACUCCCAACUCUACCAUGGUAGAAUGCAGCUCAGCCUCUUCCUUUCCUCUAAGUCCCCCACUCCUUUUUCAGUUGUUGUUUCCAAAGAGUCUUUACAUUAAAGUCUUUAUUUUUCA